GAGGGAGUUCGAACCUGAGCGGGAAGCUCGGCCUGCGGAGAGCGGGACGUCUGAGAGGAGGGGAGGGGUGGGCGGUGGCGGAGCGGCUCCCUCUCGUCCUACAUCCUGGGGUAAGGGCGCGAGGGGGUGAAUCAACUCCCCCCCGACUCUCCGCGCACUUCCAGGCCCCGACCACCCUCCCUUCGCCGCCCCCCGGGCCUCCCUCCCGCCGCCAUGUCGGUCCGCCCUAUGGCCUACGAGACGCAGUUCUUCGGGUUCACCCCGCAGACGUGCAUGCUGCGCAUCUACCUGGCGUUCCAGGAUUACCUCUUCGAGAUGAUGGUGGUGGUGGAGAGCGUCAUCCUGAAGAAGCUCGAGGCGCUGCCGGCUGUCCAGAUCAGCCGUUUCGAGAUCCGCAAGAGCACAGAGAAGUUCCUGCACUUCAUGAAGGCCCGCUUCGACCAGCUCUUCGAAAAGAUGGAGGAGGUGCUCCUGCAGCUGGUGCUCAGCAUCCCCGACAACGUGCUGCUCCCCGAGGACAGGGUCCACCAGCAGUACCCCUACAGCCAGGAGGAGUUCUGUGCGCUGCAGGAUGAGAUCUCCCAGCUGCAGCAGCAGUGCAGGGCUGAGGCGGCUGCUGGGCAGGCGCUGCAUGCAGAGCUGGAGGAGCAGAGGGCCGUGCAGGCCGAGCUCGAGAAGGUUGUGCAGUGGUUUGAUGGGCUGGAGAACGUCUGCAGGGAGCACGGCACCGGCAACUUCAAAGAGAGCUUGGUGUUCCUGACACAGAACUGUAAGAAGCUGCAGGAUGUGCUGAGAGACGUUGAAGAGAAGAGCAAAAAAAUAAAGAAACGCCAACAGUUACUGUAAUGGAAAUCCCCAAAAGGCAACAAUGAACAUUGGGAUGGCUCGCUUUGAAUGAUGGGGGUUUAUCUUUCCUGAAGCAUCUCCUCUGGUGCCUUCCCCACCCAGUCCUGCCAGGAUCCGGACUGAGCCCUGCUGGAGAGGACUGUGUGGAGCUGUGUCAGUUUUCACCAAGCUAGCAAAUAUGGGAGUAGGGACAGGAAAAGCCUUGUUUGUCUGGGAAACAUAGCUCUGACAGCAGUGAUUGGGAAUGAAUUCUUGGUGGGAUAACCUGACAUCUUCCUGGCCUUAGCGUUAACUUUGAACAACUUUAAAGUAAACAAAGCAUUCAUAUAAGGUUAUAUGAAUAUAGAGGUGAAGAGGUGGCUCGUGUUUAAGCAAGGAGUGUGCUGUGCUGCUCAGCCAGCUGAGACAGAAGCUGCAGGAGGAAAUCAGCAACUCAGUCACUUUCUCCUACUUCAGUUUAUGUUGAUUUAUUUUUAUGAUCCCGUGUCUUUUUUUUCCUACUGAACAGUGAAGCUCAUUUUAUUAAUGCUUAUCAGAUUCUGCUGUCUGAAUGCUGUGAGGCUGACUGGCGUGCUCGAGUCCUUUGAAGUCACUUAAUGAAGCAUUCAAAACAGAUUACUGUCUGCGUGCACCUCUCCACCGCUCUCAGCAGGUUAUAACUCUCCUGUGCAGGUUGAUUUUCUUGAAGUAGUAAUUACUAAUUGGUACUUAAUGAGCAUGGAUGCUUGAAAAACAUUAGCCAUUGCUGCAAUAAAAGAUGCAUUAAAAGCAUAAA